AACAAAAUUUACUGCAUUAAAGAAACUCUUCAACUUGAAGUGCGAUUAUUACAGUUAUUACCUUAAUCUUAUUUUUUUAUUUUGGUUUACUUUACUUUUUCUGUGAUUUACACUUUUUUGAUACCAAAAACAAAUCUUCUCACUAUGGAUCGUCAAAAGGCCAAUGCUAGAAAAGGCGAUUUUGAGUUGGAAAGAUAUGGUGACCUGGAAUUGGUUGAUGAUCCAUUAACUGAAGAUGAAGUAAUUGGCGUUAAUGAAUUGGCCAUAGCAAUUGCAAUUAUUAUGCCUAAAUUUGCAUAUGAAAAACUGUGGCUUAAAGAGGCUCUUAUUAAUUAAUAUAUACAGAUAUAUAACUAGAUUUAUAUAUAUUUGUUCACCAAUAACGACCACAACCUGACCACAUGAUUGUUAUUGCCACUAUUUUUGCCUGUUGUUUUUUCUAGUUAGAAAAAUUUGCUUAUUAUUUAUUGAUUGAUCAUUUUGUUCUGUUCUUGUUAAAAAGUGUUGCCCUCUCUCACCCAGCUUUUUAAUCAACGACAUUGUUUUGUUUUAAUUCAAGUGAAAUUUUCAACCUUUUUUCAAAUUCCAACCAAUUACAAUUUAACAUCUUCCUACUGGUUGCUGGGUUUAAGUUGCCAUAGGCCUUAAAUCCCCUUUCCUUUUUUAAUCCGUUUUGGACGCUAAUUGGUCAGUUCGGACUGAGCAGCUUAUCUCUCUUCAUAUUGACACUCACUCAAAGACUCCCUCCUUGGCUCCUUCGACUCAUCAGAAUUACCAAAAAUCUUUUGUCCUCAAAAAUUACCAUUGUCUUUGCUCAAGUUAUCGAUCACGGUCGUUUCGAUUGUGUUUCUCUUAAAACUACAUAUUUUAUAUCAGUGUUACACUUUUAUACACAGUGAAUUGAUUAACUUUAUCAUCACUCACCAUCAUCAUCAUCAUCAUAUACAUACCAUCAUCAUCGUCAUCACCAUAGUACACAAGUUAUCUCUUUUUUUCAAAGUUAACUUGAAAUUUAUAUUUUAUUUUUGUGUAUUUAUAUAUAUAUAUCUUUAAUAACAACAAAAUGCCUGUUGAUAUUGAUGACUUUGAGAUCUUAAAAGUUCUUGGAACCGGUGCAUACGGUAAAGUGUUUCUAGUUCGUAAAUUAUGUGGCCCUGAUAUAAAUCAUCUCUAUGCAAUGAAAACCCUUAAAAAGUCUUCACUUGUAAAUAAACCGAAGACCUUAGAGCACACUUUAAUAGAACGUAAAGUGUUGGAAAUUGUACGUUCUGGGCCUUUCCUUGCUACUCUACACUAUGCCUUUCAAACAUCUGAUCGUCUACAUCUAGUAAUGGACUACAUAAGUGGUGGUGAAAUGUUCACCCAUUUAUAUCAACGUGACAGAUUCACUGAAGAUGCUGUUCGAAUCUAUAUUGCUGAAAUUGUUUUGGCUAUUGAACAUCUACAUAAGCAUAAUAUAGUUUAUCGUGAUAUCAAAUUGGAAAAUGUGCUUUUGGAUAAAGAUGGCCACAUCGUACUGACUGACUUUGGACUUUCCAAAAUGUUUAAAGAAAAUAGUGAAAAUAACCGAACGCACUCUUUUUGUGGAACCAUAGAAUAUAUGGCUCCAGAAGUUGUUCGACACGGAUCUGGUGGCCAUGAGUUCGCAGUUGAUUGGUGGUCAGUUGGUGUUUUAACCUAUGAACUGCUUACCGGUGCUUCACCCUUCACUCUUGAAGGUUGUCCAAACGUCCAAGCUGAAAUUACAGCUCGCAUUAUCCACGACCGACCACCAAUUCCUGAAUACAUGUCAAAUGUUGCCGUCGAUUUCAUUUUAAAACUACUUGCUAAAGAUCCUAGGAGACGCCUUGGAGCUGGAAGAUAUGGUGCUAGUGAAAUAAAAAGGCACCCUUUCUUUGGAAAUCUUAACUGGACCCAUUUAGCAGAGAAAAGAGUUCGUGCUCCUUUUGUGCCUAAGAUCAAUGGUGAUACAGAUACUUCUAAUUUCUCAGACGAAUUCACGAGUAUGUCUCUCGUUGAAACGCCAGAUAUAUCACCUCCUGAAGAAGUUCCAGAAAAUAGUUUCAAUGGUUAUGAAUAUAUUUCCCCGGAUCUAAUCGCCGCAAAUCGUUUUUAUUACGGUGAAGCCGCAGUGCCUAUUGAAGAAGUACAGAAUCAGGAGGUUAUUGAAUACGUAAAUAGCGAACAAUCAGAAGACGAAGAAGAGAUCCAAGAGGAAGACGAAGAAUCCGUUCAAAAUUCUUAUGCCUCUUCUGAAGAAGAGGGUGAAACAGUUGAUGAAAGUUCUGAGGAAGAACAAGAAUCUGAAGAUAACAAUGACGAUAAUUCCGACGAUAGCGAAGAAGACGAAGACGAAGAAGAGGAGGAGGAGGAAGAAGAAGACGAAGAAGAUGAUGAAGAAGAAGAAGAUGAAGAGGAAAAUGUAUCAACGAUCGAUGAAGAUAGUAUAUCAACCAUCGGUGAAGAAUCAUCAGUGACCGAAGAGGUGGAAGAGAAUACUCUCGACAAUCUCGCACAUCGCUUAAACCAGCCUCUAUUAGAUGCCUCAACCAUCCCAGUACCUGAAGAAUCCUUUGAAAGCUCAACAUCAUCAACUCAAAGGGAUAUAAACGAAAUAUUUGGUUCAUCCAUGUCCUCCAACGGAUCAAUCAUCGGCUCAAUCAAUAGUCAUCACAACCUCUCUCCAAAAAGAAGCGUUUCAGGGUCAUCUUUUGACAUUGACGUGCAACUACACCAUUCCAACUACAUCAUGACCUCAACACCUGCCAAUCCUAAACGUAAAUUUACCAGAAAAACCGAUAAUCAACAUCAUCCAAUAUCUCCACCAAGUCCAAUAUCGCCUUCACCUAAAAACGUGCUUUAUACACUGAGAAUCACAGCAAAUUCAGUGUUUCAUCAAAAGUACUCUCUCACCUUAAACUCCGUAUUAGGAGAUGGAACCUAUUCCAUUUGUACAAAGUGUGUCGACCGAAAGACUGGCGAGGAAUUCGCAGUGAAAAUAGUGCAUAAACAAUCUGACAUUACUUCUGAAGUUGAAUCACUCAACAUGUGCCAAGGACAUCCCAACAUAGUGAACUUAGUGGAAGUGUUAACCGAUGAUUAUUAUACAUAUAUAGUGCAAGAACUACUUCGUGGCGGUGAAUUACUUGCCAAAGUUGGCAGCAACGGUGCUUUCAGUGAAGUGGAAGCAUCUCGCCUAUUCCGUGGUCUGGUCUCAGCUUUAAACUACAUGCAUACCAAUCAAGUGGUCCACCGGGAUAUCAAACCUGAGAAUUUGAUAUUUACCGAUGACUCGCCUGACGCAGAAUUGAAAAUAAUUGAUUUUGGAUUCGCCUGCAAAAUAUCUCGUAAUGAAGUACUGAAAUCGCCUUGUUGUACCUUCGUUUAUGCAGCCCCUGAAGUGCUGAAGAUAGCAAAGAAACUCAGCGCCAAUGAAUCUCGUACCUAUCCAACAUCAUCAUUCACAUCUUCAUCCGAUCGCUACAGCUCAUCAAGUCCACCAUCAACACCGCCUGCCCUUUCACAAUCAAUUCAAGAACAAUUGGCUAAUAUUCCCUUCGUGGUUAAUCGAUCUCCAGAUAGCGACCGAUCUUAUCACAGAGAGGAUGGUUACACAGAAAGCUGUGAUUUAUGGAGCUUGGGCGCAGUGCUUUUUACCAUGUUAGGUGGUAAUCCGCCUUUUGCUCAUGUUCAUGACUUGUCUGCUUCAGAUGUAUUGGAAGGUAUCAAGAAUGGAGCUUUUGAUAUGAAUGGACCAAAUUGGGCUAAAGUUUCCACUGCUGCCAAAUCAUUGAUCUCUGGUCUAUUGGAUGUCAAUCCAGCUGCCCGGUUAAAAUUAUCUUACUUGACCUGUCACCCAUGGGUCCAAGGACAUUUCAACGAAUCCUCAAUGAACAUAAGCUACCGUAGAACGCCAUCAACACCACCUGGAACAUAUCUUCGUCAAGGUAGUCCUGGUUCAACACCAGUUCCAACUGUUGGCUCGUUAAGACUGGCUGAUGUCUCAGAAGCAAUUUUGGCUAAACGUCGUGCCUGUAAAAGACUAUUUAUCGACAACAAUGGAAACGAUUGUAGUCCUCACAUCGAAUCAAGUCAUAAGAGAAUCAAAACAGUGUUAACCAGAGAAUAUAAUAGUUUAAAUAAUAAUCUAUUUUUGUUUAAAGCUCAUCCUCUCCUAUCUACCAAAAAUUAAGCCUAUUGUAAAAGAUUCAUUUUUUUUCUAAUUUAUUCAUAUUAUAAAUCAUAUUCAUCCUAUAUUUUGUCAUUUUUGAUUGUAAACCUAAUCAAAACCUCUUGUCAUUACUUGUCCAUUCCCUCAUAAAUUUUCAUCCCAAAUUUUGGAAUUUCUGCAUGUAAAUUCCAUCAAUAAAUUACUUUAUCAAUAAAAGACUCAAUUUGAAAGAA